AUGGCAGCAAUGGCAGAAUUCAACAAGGUCCAUUCAGUGACUGAAAUGCCAGAAGGAGACGAUGCUAAACGCAGUUUCCAUCACAGGAUGUUCUUGGAACCCCAGGAAAAGAAGAAGAGCAUGAAGGCUCUGCUGGUUAAGCAAGCAAAGAAAACAUGCAGCUGCACUCCAGCCAAAGUUAAAGAUUAUGUUUUCAGUUUCUUUCCGGUCUUGCAGUGGCUUCCUAAGUACAAACUAAGAGAGUACCUACUGGGAGACAUAAUGUCUGGUGUGAUUGUGGGGGUCUUACUAGUCCCACAGUCAAUUGCCUAUUCUCUCUUGGCUGGACAAGAGCCUGUUUAUGGUCUUUAUACAUCCUUUUUUGCUAGCAUUAUUUAUUUCAUAUUUGGAACCUCGCGGCACAUCUCAGUUGGCAUUUUUGGUGUGAUUUGCCUGAUGAUAGGACAAGUGGUGGAUCGUGAAAUACAGAGAGCUGGCUAUGACCUGGAGCCAGCUGUGCUGGGUGUCCUCACAGAUACAGCAGCAAAUGUAAACACCACCACUUUGCCUGGGAAUCAGACUCUGCAGAAGCUGCUCUGUGAUAAAAGCUGCUAUGCAAUUACAGUGGGAGCCACCAUGACCUUCAUAGCUGGAGUCUAUCAGGUGGCCAUGGGUUUAUUUCAAGUGGGCUUUGUCUCCGUGUACCUCUCCGAUUCAUUGCUGAGUGGAUUUGUCACAGGUGCCUCCUUCACCAUCCUGACCUCACAAGCCAAGUAUCUCCUGGGCCUAGACAUUCCACGGAGCAGUGGCAUUGGGUCCCUCGUAACCACGUGGAUAAACAUCUUCAGAAACAUACACAAGACCAACAUCUGCGAUCUCAUCACCAGCUUCUUGUGCUUUCUUGUGCUUAUCCCAACCAAAGAACUUAAUGAACAUUUUAAAUCCAGGCUCAAGGCUCCAAUACCAGUUGAACUAGUUGUGAUUGUGGCAGCUACUCUGGCAUCUCACUUUGGGAAGCUGAGAGAGACUUAUGGCUCAAGCAUUGCUGGACACAUCCCAACUGGGUUUCUGCCACCCCGCCCUCCAGACUGGAACCUGAUUCCUAAUGUGGCUUUGGAUGCUAUCCCUAUAGCCAUUAUUGGCUUUGCCAUCACUGUCUCCCUCUCAGAGAUGUUUGCCAAGAAGCACAGCUACUCUGUGAAGGCCAACCAGGAAAUGUAUGCCAUUGGCUUCUGCAACAUCAUUCCCUCUUUCUUCCAUUGUUUCACAACAAGCGCAGCUCUUGCCAAGACUCUUGUUAAAGAGUCCACAGGCUGUAGGACACAAAUGUCUGGCAUGGUGACUAGUUUGGUAAUCCUGUUAGUCCUUCUUGUGAUCGCACCUUUAUUUUAUUCCCUUCAGAAAUGUGUCCUUGCUGUCAUAACCAUCGUAAACCUCAGAGGAGCCCUGAGGAGGUUCAGGGACCUGCCAAAAAUGUGGUAUUUGAGCAGAGUGGACACAGUGAUCUGGCUAGUUACUAUGGCAGCCUCAGCACUCAUCAGUACUGAGAUUGGUCUUUUGGUUGGCGUUUGCUUCUCUAUGCUCUGUGUCAUUUUCCGAACCCAGAGGCCAGAGGCGCCGCUGCUUGGCUGGGUGGCAGAGUCCGAGACAUACGAAUCCCUGUCUGCUUAUAAGAACUUGCAAACCAAGCCAGGAAUUGUGGUGUUCCGUUUUGAAGCACCCCUCUACUACAUCAACAAAGAGUGCUUUAAAUCCACCCUGUACAAGCAAACUGGGGUCAACCCUGUCUGGGUGAAAGCAGCAAAGGAAAAGGCAGCAAAAAGAACACCUAGAGAGAAAGAGGAGCAUUCUGGUGGUAAACAGACCAGCAUCUCCAUGGAUUUUGCCUCUGAACCACUGGGGUUUCACACGAUAGUCAUUGACUGUUGUGCAGUACAGUUUCUGGACACGGCAGGAAUACGUACGCUCAAAGAGGUCUGCAAGGACUACGGGGAGAUAGAGGUCCAGGUGCUACUGGCCCAGUGCAAUCCUUCGGUGAGAAGUUCCCUCAUCCGAGGAGAAUUCUUUAAAGAGGGGGAGGACCACCUUCUCUUCCACAGUGUGCACCAGGCCGUGGACUUUGCAUUGGGUGCAGAGGGGCACAGUGGGACCAGUGCUUCUAAGAACUAG